UCCAGAUAUAGUCCAACAUAAUUGCAAGUCAGCGGCGUGUGUGAACCGAAUUUUGCCCAGAAUUUUGCGAAAUCUACAACAUGACUUCUAGAUACGACAGAGCAAUCACAGUAUUUUCUCCAGAUGGCCACUUAUUUCAAGUAGAAUAUGCACAGGAAGCUGUUAAAAAGGGCUCAACUGCGGUUGGUGUGCGUGGAAAGGAUCUGGUGGUCUUGGGUGUAGAGAAGAAAUCAGUUGCCAAGCUGCAGGAAGAGAGGACUGUCAGGAAAAUAUGUGUUCUUGAUGACCAUGUCUGUAUGGCCUUUGCUGGCCUGACAGCAGAUGCCCGCAUCCUCAUCAACAGGGCCAGGAUAGAAUGCCAGAGUCACAAGCUAACUGUAGAAGAUCCUGUUACAGUGGAGUAUAUCACUCGAUUUAUGGCUCAGCUUAAACAGCGUUACACACAAAGCAAUGGUCGAAGGCCCUUUGGACUGUCAACUCUGAUUGUAGGAUUUGACUAUGAUGGUUCCCCCAGACUGUACCAGACUGACCCAGCAGGCACAUACCAUUCAUGGAAGGCUAAUGCCAUCGGACGCAGUGCAAAGACAGUAAGGGAGUUCCUCGAGAAGCAUUACUCUGACGAGGUUGUUGAGAAGGAACGCGAGACGGUCAAGCUAGCAGUCAGAGCCCUGUUAGAAGUCGUCCAAUCGGGAGCCAAGAAUAUAGAACUGGCUGUGAUGAGGAGAGGAGAGCCACUCAAGAUGUACGAGGUAUCAGAAGUCGAGAAGUACGUCACAGAGAUCGAAAAGGAGAAGGAAGAGGAGGCAGAGAAGAAAAAGCAGAAGAAAGGAGCUCCAACCUCAUAAUGAUUAGUUAAAGAUUGUCUUGUAUAUUGUUUUUUGUAUGUUAAAUAGAGAGAUCCUUGUAAGAAAAAAGGCCAAGUGACCAAAAUAUAAGAAACAAUUUAAAGCACAUAAGAGUUGCGAUAGGAUUUUGGAAUCAUAAUAAAUUUCUCCUGACGGACAUUCAAAGAAAUACUAUUCUCAACAUUCACUCUGAAUGUCAUACCCAUGCUGCUUAUCAAUUGAUAUGUGUAUUCUAUUACCCAGGAUGGAAUUAGUUUUAUAAAUCAUUACCACUUUCACAAAAGACCAUAAGAGGGUUGCAGCAGAUAGAAACACAUUUUGAGAUAAAUGAAUUUAAAGUGUUUUACUGGUCUGGGACCAUCGGGCCGGUGCCAUAGUCGCGCGCUGGCUAAAAGUCUGAUUGAAUUUAAAUUUCUAUACCAUGACAGAACAAUAUCUAAGGAAUGGAGAGAGACUAGUGAAGAUGCUGACAUUUUGUGAGGUUGUAGAAUACCUUGAAAAAAGGGGAGACAGAAUGUUAUGUAGUACACUGUAUAUUACACAUUGCCUGGUAUCAGAAACAAAUGAUCUCACUCUGCAUGUCCAGAAAUGCCUGAAGCUGAAAAAUGACUCUCAAUGUGACAGCGAGUUAUCUGGAUCCAUUGGGUACUAUUUUGUCAUUAUUUCCAUAUAUCUUUUCACAAUUUCCACGUGAAUACUGAAGAUAGUAAUUCUUAAAUGAGAAAAAUCCAAUUUUUCAUAAUUCACAUAUUUAUGAUGUGACACUUAUCCCCCAAACACAUUUAAUUUUAUGAUAUUUCAAAAUAAAAAUUUUCCUAUGUAAUAUCAGAAGUACAUGCAGCAUAAUUAUGUAUGUGGCAUGAUUAUAUAUGCAGCUUAAUUAUGCUGGUUUUAAAUGCAUUUGAUAUGAUUAAGUAUAUCUUGGUUUCCAUAACCAGUCCUAUAUGAAGCGGUCAUAAGACUUCAAGCAUUGUCCAAUUUCAUAUGAAAAUAUUGAGGGGUGUCAGAACUGCUUUUUUUCUAAACUGUAGAACCAAAACUAACUAGCAUGAGAAGAGGAAUGUUGAUGUACAUUUGUAAUUAAAUGUAAUGGAAAAUAAUACUUUUUUUUUUAAGAUGAGAAAUGUACCCUCCUAAAAUUGAUAUGGAUUUCUUACAUUCGUGAACCACUCGGUGUGUAAAUCUGAUUUAACACAUUUCUCUGGUUAAUUGUGAAGAUAUGUAAUAUUUGAAAAUUGUGUGAUGUACAGAGGUGCAUGUCAUGUAUUAUACUGUAGCAAGGCUUUUAAUUUCUUUUUCAUGUAUUCUGUAGAAAUGUGGUCAUUUUGCAAAGUAAAGAAUUAAAAUUCUUUUCCUUCACUA